UGUAUUUUUAAGGAAUAAUAUGCUGCAUAGGAUCUGUUUCCACUUCCAAAAAUAUAAAAAAAGGGGUAUUUAGUUGCCUUUUAUUUAUUUAUGAUUAUUUUUUGGGUGUAGUAGGACAAACAGUAAAAGGAACCAGGCCCCCACGGCAGUUCCAGUGGCCCAACGGCCCAUCAAGGGUUAACCCAUCACCCUCCCCCAACCAACCUUGCUUUUACUUCAUAGCCACACAAACACCGAAGUCCACUGUCUACUGUCGUUCUUUUCUUACUCUACUAUCUGAAAAUGUAAAUGGCACUUCAAUGAUUCUCUCUCAGUGGCACAGAACCAGAACCACCUCCAACGUUCGAUUUUUAACGUUGUUCUUGCGUGGGCACUCAGAUUCGCCACUCCAAAAUGGCUCCUACUGUGUCUUCUCCACCACCGAGCUUCGCUCUCUCAAUCAGGGACGACCCAAUGGAACGCAAAGAAGAGGAGAGCAAGUGCGCUUACCUCGUGGUAGCUCUCUGUCCUUGUCUCGUUUGCUUCAUUCUUCUCGUAAUUGCGCUUUCUAUCAUUCUCGUUGUCAAAUUCCAUUUCUUUUGCCACACCCCUCUUCACUCCUUGCUCUACAAAAAGAAUUGCUGAUUUCUUCAUUGCCCUUUUCUACUUUUCUAGGAAAGUUUCCGUUUUUAGAUAGUCCUAGGGAAUUUGCUAGUGUUAGUGAUUCUGGGGUUGAAUCUGGGAUUGAGGAUGAUGGUGGUGGGGAUUGGGAUGGUGAUAGUGGAGGUGUUAGUGCUGAAUCAUGUGCAGAUCCUGCUGAGGUUGAUAGGGUAUGCAAGGUGAUUGGUGAAUUGUUUGCUUUGGAUAGGAACAUGGAGGCUGUUCUUGAUGAGUGUGCGGUUCAGUUAUCGCAUGAUUUGGUUGUGGAUGUGUUGCAACGAUUCAGGCAUGCUAGGAAGCCAGCAUUUCGGUUCUUUUGUUGGGCUAGGCUCAGGCCUGGGUUUGCCCAUGAUUCCAGGACUUAUAACUGCAUGAUGCAGAUUCUUGGGAAGACUAGGCAAUUUGAGACCAUGGUAGCUAUGCUUGAGGAAAUGGGUGAGAAGGGCCUUUUGACAAUGGAAACUUUCUCCAUUGCUAUCAAAGCCUUUGCUUUGGCGAAGGAAAGAAAAAAAGCUGUUGGGAUCUUUGAUCUGAUGAAGAAGUACAAGUUUAAAGUGGAUGCUGAUGCUAUUAACUUCUUGCUUGAUAGUCUUGGUGCUGCAAAACUUGGUAAAGAAGCGCAAGCUGUUUUUGAAAAACUGAAAGAUAGAUUUACAAAGAAUUUGCAAACUUACACCAUACUUCUUAAUGGUUGGUGCAGGGUUAAAAACUUGCUGGAAGCAGGGAGGGUGUGGAAUGAAAUGGUUGAUAAGGGAUUUAAGCCAGAUGUUGUUGCACAUAAUAUCAUGCUUGAAGGGUUGUUAAAGUGUCAGAGGAAGUCUGAUGCGAUCAAAUUAUUUGAAAUCAUGAAAGCCAAAGGUCCCUUGCCCAAUGUUCGGAGUUAUACAAUUAUUAUACAGGAUUUUUGCAAACAAAAGAUGAUGAGAGAAGCUGUAGAAUAUUUUAGUGAAAUGGUAGAUCGUGGAUGUCAACCUGAUGCUGCACUUUACACGUGUUUGAUUGCUGGAUUUGGGAGGCAGAAGAAAAUGGAUAUGGUAUAUGAUUUACUGAAGGACAUGAGGGAAAGAGGUUGUCCACCUGAUGGGAGGACCUACAAUGCUUUGAUAAAACUGAUGGCAAGCCAACACAUGCCUGAUGAUGCAAUGAGAAUAUACAAGAAGAUGAUUCAAAGUGGCAUCCAACCAACAAUUCACACUUACAACAUGAUAAUGAAAUCCUAUUUUGUGACAAAAAAUCAUGAAAUGGGUCAUGCAAUUUGGGAUGAGAUGCAUCAGAAGGGGUGCUGUCCUGAUGAUAAUUCCUACACUGUAUUCAUUGGUGGACUUAUAAGACAGGGCAGGUCCAGUGAGGCAUGUAAAUAUUUAGAGGAAAUGUUGGAGAAGGGGAUGAAAGCUCCUCAGCUUGACUACAACAAGCUUGCUGCUGAAAUUUCUAAAACUGGGAACCCUGUUAUCCUUGAGGAGUUAGCCAGAAAGAUGAAUUUUGUUGGUAAGUUUGAAGUGUCCAAUGUCUUGGCCAGUUGGGUUGACAUGAUGGAGAAAAGUGUCAAUAGAAGAGAUACAAAAUCUGGUAGUCAGUUUACAUGAUUGCCUUGCAGGUGCCAGAACCCCCUUUGGAUUUAGUCUGUGUAACAACACCCCCCCCCCCCAACCCCAAAAAAAAAAAAAAAAACUUUUUAUGAACCAGUGUUGUAUAAUGGCAUGUACUAGUUUGAAUGAAACAACCGGCUGAUCCUUGCUGAAGUCCUUCAAUGUUUGGUGUUUUACAUUGCAGCAAUCAACAAGUUUGAUAUUUCUGAAUAUAUAAAAAAGUGCAACUUACUUUACAGUAUUACUGGAAGAAUGGAAGGUAACUAUCACAUGACAAACUGACAUCUGGUUUUUUUGUAGUUUUAUUAUAGGAAUCUUUAAGUUGAUUGGUUCUCGUACCUAAAUUAUUGCUUUAUUCUUUUAAUUUAUAUGUAAUUUGCGGUUUAGCAAGAUUUGGCUUCAACAAAUUUUUUGUCAGGUUUAGGAGCAAGUUCUCACUGGCAAUUUGCAAAAUAUAUACCAAAAUG